AGUUUUAAGAUUCCAUCUUCCUAAACACACCCACACAUACAGACGUAAAAAGGGAAAGAAGAAAAGUAAAUAAAUUUCAUAACCAAAUCUAUUCCGUGUUCUUACAGACAAACAGACAGAGAAACCAAAAGAAAAAAUAUCAAAGGAAGAAAGCAAGAAAGAAAGAAGAGUGGGUUAAUAAUAUAUAUUAUGAUAUUACCAUUUGGGAAGCUAGGAACACUUGCUUUGAAAACAUUUUGCAAACCAAUCGCUAAAAGAAUCAAAAAAGAAGCCGGUCGUUAUCCUCAGUUCCGUCACUCCAUUAUCAAUGUUGCUCAGCUUAAUCAUCGAUUUAAAACAAAGUUGCAAAGGCGAAUAUAUGGUCAUGCAAUAGAUGCCGCUAUUCGCCCUCUUAACGAGGAAAAAGCCGUUCAAGCGGCUGCAGAUAUGCUUGGGGAACUCUUUGUGUUCACCGUUGCAGGAAUCGCGGUUAUCUUGGAGGUCCAAAGAAGUUCAAAAGCAGAAGCUAGGAAGGAGGCCAUGCGUAGACAAGAACUAGAGGCAUUGAGACAACGUGAUGAAGAUCUUGCUAGAGAAGUUGAGAUGCUCAAAUGCAAAAUCACCGAGAUAGAACAAGUUACUAAAGGACGAGGGUUAGGUAACUUUCUGAAGCCUCUUUGGAUCGACUCCAGGCAUAUUCAAUGAAUUUAUUGACGCUAACAUUAGAUAUACAUAGGAUAUUCAUUGUCUCUUAGGUGUAUGCGAUAGAAUGCCUUUUGUGAACGAUAUGGUUUAUGAAUCACCAUAGAUUGUAAGCAUUUGAAAACACUUUAUGCGAAUUUUGUUUUUUAAAUCA